AUGGAGAGAGAACGAUACGGCGAGUUCGUGGAGUUCAAUCACGUUCCUCCCCGUGGCUUUUCAUAAUUGCUUGUUGUCACUUAACUCAUCCCCUCUAUGCAAACUCGACUGAUAUUCGUCCUGAAUAUCCAUUCUCUCUUGCAAUGGAAAAUUCUGCCUGGCGUAGUGCUACGUGGCAGAUCAAUGCGUGAGGACUAUUCACGUGCGAUAUACAUUAAUCGAGCAGCCUUUUCACGCGGUAAUCGAACGCGCAUCUGCAGCGAAGACCAGCUGAUGUGAACGAUUUUUUUCUUCUCUCUCGAGACGCGAAAAGCGUAAAUUUGUAUAUCAAAUGUAAGCUCUCAUUGUGCUAUCAGGCUGUAAAUAUUCUGAAACGACAAGAACCUUUUAUCAUAAAUCAUAGAUUUUAUCGCGGAGAAAGGAGGAAUAUUUAAGAAUUUAAUAUCGUAAUAAAUUACAACUCGAUGAGAUAACGAUUACACAUAUAAACCGCUCGCAACAGUUUCUCCGGCCUAUUAAUAUUCCAGUGUCGCGCGCCCUUGCAGUUGUUACGUUCAUUAACUUUAAUGAGAGAUAUCUUUUACGGUUACCUGUAUCAAAGAUUGUGCAAUCGACGGAUAAAGCGGCAUAAGUGCGUCGUUAAAAUUCUUUAUGUUAACAUAAAAUAUUAAAUUUUGUUUAAUUCAAGUAUUGAUACUUCAUAUAGUAUUUAAUAUCUUGGUGUUUAGUAUUUUGAUCAAAUUUCAGUAUUGUGAAAGUAUUAUUUUGAAUUUCGUAAACUCUUAUUUCAUUCAAACGUCAAAAGUGGAAUAAAUCAUGAGUCAGACUGUUAACUUGAGCGACGUGAGUGACAAGUUUACAGAAGAAGUGCUGACAGAUAUUCUCUGUAAAGCGGCUAACGGGAAAAAGGUGCAGUUGACAGAUUGGAGUUUUGGCGAGGGAUUUGCCAAGGGUGACAGUUACUUGUCGACUGUCAACAAAGGCAUACUCUAUGGUGUUACAGAUGACAAUCUAAAGCAACAGGUGCAAGUUAAUUUCGUCGUAAAGUCAAUUCCAAAAAAUGUUGGCAGAAGAAACACCUUCAGAAGUGGUGAAUUUUCCAAUGAAAUCAUAUUCUAUACAAAGAUUGUUCCCAAGUUUAAAAAAUUCCUAGCAGACAAAGGACAGUGUGAUCUGCUUCGCAUACCUCGUUAUUUGACUUCUUACAUGGACGGUGAAAAUGAUUUUAUAAUCAUGGAAGAUGUCUCUAUCUUUGGAUUUGGACCCGCAUCCAGACAAAGCUGUCUGGAUUGGUCAGAAUGUGUUGUGAUCUUAAAAACCUUGGCCAAAUUUCACGCAAUUUCAUUUGCAUACAGAGACCAAAAAAAAGAAGAAUUUUUAGAACUCACAAGUUAUUUGAAAGAAACCUAUUUUGGUGAUGACCACUGGAAUUGGUAUCAAAGAUUUCAUGAAAAAUUGAUGAAUAUAGCAAAACAUGCAUUAAUGAUGGAAUAUCCCAACAGUAAAGCCGAAAAACAAUUCAAUUCUUACAAAUUUGGUAUAUUGUACGACAAGUGCUCAGACUUAUGUGAAAGAAGAGACUCUCCAACGUCCGUUAUAGCCGCGGGUGAUUGUUGGGCCCCGAAUUUUCUAGUCCGAGACACUGGAAAUGAAAAAGAAGCAUUAAUAUUAGAUUUUCAGCUUGCACGUUGCGCUAAUCCUGUCACAGAUCUAUCGUUUUUGAUUUAUUCUUGUACUCAGAAGCCAUUUCGAGAUCAGUAUUAUGAUGAAAUAUUGAAAGUCUAUCAUUCCGAAUUGAGCAGUGCCAUUAAAUCUCUCGGAUCUGAUCCGGACAAGAUUUAUCCGUGGGAUUUAUUUAUGAAAGAUGUGAAGGAGUAUUUCAUAGUUGGGUUAGUGUUUGCUACAGAAUCGAUUCCAUUUUGUCUACUGGAUCCAUCUCAGUCAUUCGACUUAGAUGCUAUUAUUAAGGGCAACGAUGCGGUAAAUAUCGCUGACGUAUGGACACUAUCUAACAUCGAAACCUCGAGUGGAAGGCGAAGAUUAGCAGAUGCAAUUGUUCAUGCAGUGGAGAAUGGAUAUUUAUGAAAAUGGAAAUUUAUACAUAAUUAAUUUGUAUUAUAGAGAAUUAUAAGAAGCAUGAUCAUCUUAAUAAAACGAUAAUUAUUAAGAAUUAUUAA